AUGAAUGAAAAAGAAGACACUAUUUAUUAAUCUUUUAUAAAUUCAGAAGGAAGUUUACCAUAUGAAAAUCAGUUUGAAUAAUGUUAAUAAUGUGUAUAACUAUAGCAAUAUGUUUAUUAAUUGGAAUAGGAAAUUACAGAGUUAAAUAAAAUCAUGUAAACAUAAGUAAAUAUUAAAAGAGAAAUAGUCAAAGAACUAAAAACCUUAAAACAUACAGAUACCUAAAAAAUUAUCGUUUUGUAAAUUGUAAGGAAUCAGUAUGAAACAUCACAGUAAUCAUCAUUUAAGCAAGAGUCUUAAUGAAGAUUAAAACUAAAACACAAAAAGUAUGUUCACAAGUUCUGGACAUUUGAAGAGAAAGAUUUUUGAUGAAGUAGAAGAAAAGACCAGCACUAAAGCCCUUUAAUUUUAUAAAUUAUGA